AUGCCAUCAUCAUCACCAACCGUGUCCUCACCCAGCACAAGCAGCAAAGCGCCCCCUUCACAACAAUCUUCUACUACCACUACUCCUCAAACCGAAAAGAGUUAUGCAAUCGAUAUAAUCCCUACGCCAGUUGCACAGACGUACUCCCAUGUUCAUCCAACAAUACUCCUAGCAUUGUACUCGCUCCGAUUCUCUUCGCUGGUAUCCGAUCCGGUCUCGACGCUAUCGAGCGAUUUACCUCUUUAUACUGGUUUGCAGGUCGCGUAUGUGAUUACUUGUCUACCGCAAGCCGGAUCCUCGCAUCAACAUCAUAGCCAUGGAGAAGCGGGGCCAGGGGAAGUCGCAGAUGUGAAAAAGACGCCCUCAUCAUCGGGAAAGAGGAAGCGACACGCAGCAAGUAGUAAAUCGGAUACUAUAUCUCAAAAACUGACCGCGGCAUUCAUUGCCCUAACAUUAACCUUCCUCCCCGGCACACCCGUUCUAUCUCUCCUUCUCAUCCUCUUCGGCGCCCCGUUUACGACGCAUACCGCGCAUACAGUCCUAUGUGCCGCGCACAUGGCACUCCUGACCGUAACGCCGCUGGUAUACGUCCACGGUGUCGACGGUAACAUCUGGAAACAGGUUUGGGCAUUUACGCGGCCCGCCGAUGCCGUUUGGGGUGGUGCUUUGGGCGCCUGUGUGGGUGCUUGGUUGGGCGCUGUUCCGAUUCCGUUGGAUUGGGAUCGUCCGUGGCAGGCUUAUCCUAUUACCAUUCUGACGGGAGCGUACAUUGGUUUUGCAGUUGGUCAGUUGGUCGGGAGGAGUCCUUUGCUGUAUGGGAAGAGGAUACAGUUUGAUUAG